GCGCCAAAAAUACACGUGUGUCCAGCUUUCGAGCUAAACAGAACUUUAACAGGCGAUGCGCGCUUGUGCAAUACAGCGGGCGAAGUUUCAUUCUUCAGAAUAACUUGUGCCCAAAGUUGGCCCCGAAUCUCACAUAAAAAUACCAUAUACAGACGGAGGUUGGAUCCUGAUUAGCCCGAAUUCCGUCAGACCAUGCGAGUUGUCUCGGCCUAGUCACGCUGAUUGACACAACCACGUGAGUUCGGUGACUUUAGGCACGCCUCCCACCAUUCAUUAGUCACUUCGGCAAACAACACAGCAAAUACUGCCAGCACACUACGGCCUUGGUUGAGCCAAUCGAACGCACUUCCCUUGCCGAGUUCCUGAACGCUGAAAAGGGAGUCCAACUUCGACAGAAGCGGUAGUUUCUCUCAAAACUCAGCGACAGGAAUUAGGAUGCGUGACAACAUGUCGACAGCCCUGGUAUCGGCGAAUGUGUCUGCCUAUGACUAUGUCAGUGAUGUCCUCUGCAACAAUUACAAGAACCCACCGCCCACUACCCGCACACUACUGAAACUCGACAAGAGGGCAGUGGGAACUCCGAUUCAUGGCAGUCGGAGACAUUCCACGAGUUCGGCAAAUAUCGUCAACGGGAACGGCCUGAACGUCAACGCCAAUGCUAACGAUCCGGGGAAACUACGAGACCGUGCCAUGAGCGAGAGCGAUCGGAACCAGCGAACCCAAACAAGCCGGUACAAGACAGAACUGUGCCGUCCCUUCGAGGAGAACGGAACAUGCAAAUACGGGGACAAGUGCCAGUUCGCCCACGGGUUGCAUGAACUGAGAAAUCUGUCUCGUCACCCCAAAUACAAGUCAGAGCUCUGCCGCACUUUCCACACGGUGGGGUUCUGCCCCUACGGACCUCGCUGUCAUUUUAUUCACAAUCCUGAGGAGCGUAAGCUUGGGGUGGCAAAUGCAGAGCAGCAGGCAAAACCUCCGCGCGACCGCACUGUUGAGAGGCCCAAGUUGUUGCACUUUCCUAGUGCCCCACUCGGCUCCACAUGUGGAGGGGAUCUGACACCACCCAGCGACAGCCCAACUUCCAUGACGCCCCCUCCUUCACUGUUUGGGGAUGACAUUACAUCCAACAUGCCCCUCAGCGCCAGUGUCCUCCAAUCUGCUAUGAAUGUGUUCAACUUUGCUCAGCGCCAGCAGGAGUUGCCUGCUGUGAUGUCACCCAUCUUGUCGCCCACCAUCGGCGGCAUCAGCAGCCCCUUUGGGUCCGGCCCCUUGUCACCAUUCACUCCCUUGCAGCAGCUGAGCACGGAAAAUGAUCAGCAAUCUCAACCUAGCUUCCCGCCACCCUUGACCUGUCACAGUCAGGAUAGCGGCGUCUUCUUCUCUGAGAAUCUAAAUGACUUUUCCCGCAACACUUUCCGACCACCUUCGCCCCCGGACUCCCUCUCUGAUCCCGAGUCCCUCGGAGAGUCGAUGGGUCCAGCAUCACCAACUCUCGUCCCAAGCCUUCCCUCUGUUCCUAUCAAUGCUCUUCCUAAGACCUGUCCCUCUUCAAGUCCCAUGGCCAAUCAGCGGGUUGGCCGCCUUCCCAUCUUCCGUGGCAUGUCUCAUGAAGAACGGUUCUAAAUAUGCGCAAGCAAGGAUGGUCCCACCUUGAUUAAAAAAAGGGACAAGUAACAGCUCAUGGACAUGACCCCCCCUUACUAGUUCUUAUUCCAGUGACAUGAUCUGAGUGUCUUCCUUUUUGUAUGGUCCUGAUUAUUCCAUAAUCAAAGGAUUUGUAUAAAAUAGUUUUGAUUGUAUUUUAUUAUAAGAUAUUUGAAGUUAUCUGAAUUAACAUGACAUCUGUUGAUAUUUCCAUACUCCAGGAGUUAUUACUAUUUAUAUGAAAAAAAGUAGUCAGUCGGGGCUGUUAUUUAAUUUUUUUUCUGCACUCGGAACACUUAGCCUUGAAACUGACCAUGCAAGUCAAUCUUGCUAAACCUUGUCCUUACUUAUUUAAUUGUCAUUUCUUUGUAUUUUUGAAAUUUUGUACUAUUCAAUGCUGAGCAUAGUGAGUGGUUUGCCGAUAGUUGAAACUGAAGCAUCAUUGCAGAAGUGCAGCCCCUUCCUACUAAGUAUUUAAGUUAUCCAUCUUAUUUAUUUGAAAACAUUAUAUGCAUUUUGGUGAAUUUAUAAUGCCCGUAUUUAUCAGGUUUUAUGAUGAUUAGAUAUAUUAUAUAUUAUUAUUGUGAUGUGACGCUUGUGUUUUAAAUUAUGAAGAACGUAAAAUGUUUUGUCUUUGAUGCCAUCUUGGUAUGAAGAGUACUUAAGUCUUGUGUUUGGAUACAGUAUUUGUCUUCCUUUACUUGAUUUCCUCAGAUUGAGAUGAAUUUUAUGGUUUAGCCUUGUUUGUAAUCUCAUGGACUAUGACGUAGUUGAUGUACGACGUUUGUAUAUACACCUGACAAGCCAGAUUUAAAAAACAAAAAUAUUUUAACUUAAAUACUGUUCAAGAACAGUGUAUGAGAACUUGUGUCUAAGGUGGAUCUCUGUAUAUAAACGCGUUAUCCACUUAGUAACAGUUCGAUCACAUUUGUUUCAUGCAGUUGAAUUUUUUACGCAGAACUUAUUCACCCCUGUUUGUGCAAAAAAGUUUUAAAACAGAAAAGGAAAAAAAAGUGAAGUUUUAUAAAAAUCAAAUGUUUGUGCCACGUUAUGGUAAGCAACUCGUGCAAAAUUCGACAGUAGAUCGACUGUGCAAAAGUAUCAGCAUGCGUUUGUACUUGGCGUACUUACAGUGUUGAACAGAAUUUAACGACUUACAAGUAGACUUAGUAAUUUAAGAUUGCAUACUUUAUGCAGCAACGUUUGAUGUGUUUUGGUUUUAGUCCAUAGGUUUAUUCCUGGAAAGGUUUCAUCUUGACGACUUGUGUUAAGAGCAGUUGUGGUUAUCAAACAUUUGUUAAUAUAAAAUUGAGAAGUUUGUGACAACUAAAUUACUGUUUCAUUGGGAACCUACUCACUUUCAGUGUCAAAUCAUUGAGACAUUAUUCCUGUUCAGACGUAUGUUUCUCUGAAAUGUAUCUUCAAUAAUGAAUUUUUAGUUUGUAGUUUAAUCAGCUUUGGCAAAGCAUUUUUUCUUCUGAUAAUUAAACAAAUUCCAACAUGGUAAAGACACGUUUUGCUUCCCAUCAAAAUUACAUUCCGUGAGCAUUUUUAAUUUGUUAAUCUUGAGACAUUCACAUCUCGUAUUUUUAUUCCAACGCUAGCGUUUUGUGUUUAACCUAUGAAGCCUUAAUGAGCUAUGCAAAAAAUCCUUCACCAUCUUCCUGCAUACACACACUGCCGCACGGCUAGGGCCAUGCAAUAUGUGUAAAUGUUAAUAUUGUAUUGUACUUAGUUUUAAAUUUAUUUAAGAUGAAUUCUAAGUGUUGACAUUUUGACAUGUCGAUUAUUACUAAAAUUGUGUCUUGGCAUACACUGUAAGUGCCUUAAAAAAGUUUGAUAACGCCAAAUGUUGCCUGUUUUACUACUUUUUCCAAGGCUUAGUUACGAAAACAAAAAUUCAAGAUCAUUUUCCAGAGUGCCUUACCGUUAAAACACCUGAAUGAAGGAAGGCUCUGUUUUCCAGUGCAACUAUUUUUCUAUAAACUACGAGUAUUUCCUAUUUUCGAUGCUAAAUCAAGCUUACACAGGUUAUCAAAAUAUUUUCAGCUAAGGUCAAAGAAACUGUUUUUCCCACGUGUUUUUCUACGACAUUUUGGCUUUUCGCCCGGUGCGGUGAUCACCUAUUCGGCUUUUCAAUGAAAUUCACUCAGUCGUUUGUAACGUACAAUUAUAUAUUUGUGUGUUAAGCAUAUUGUGUUGAGUAUGAGAUAAUGUUAAAUUAAAAGCGCAAAAAUAGAAAAAAAGAAAGUA